UUUUUUUUUUUGCAGUGAUAUAUCGAAUUCUUUGAAGAAACUGAAUUCUCUGAAUGGAAUUUUGAUAAUUAUUAUGAUUUUAUUAGAGAAAGUGAUUCCAAAUCAGGUUUCCUUACAAUCAGGCAAGGAUUUUUAAACGACCUGGAGAAAUUAAAAAAAAAACAACGAUCAAUUGCCUAAAGAAAUUAAGUCCUCACUUGGAAAUACAACAUCUAAUGUCUCUCACCAACCACAAAAAAAAAGAAAAAAUAGCAAUCGAUGACGAUAACUUUUGGAGUAGCUGGCAGGAGUAUUUUGAUGAAUGUGAAUGUCACAAAUACUGUCCGGAGAAGUAUCAUAUUAUCGAAUGUGGAUACACUAUUCAAUGUAAACCAAGUUAUGAUAUUGACCUGUAUGAGCAACUAGGCAACAACAAACACCAGGUGGUAAAGUCACCUUUCAUGGAUUUUGGUGCAUACACCACCAAGUUUAUACAAGAGUUAAAGAAUAGAAAUGAAAGAAGUAUCAUGAAGGCUCUGUUAGAUAACGAUCACUGGGAGGAGAUUGAGAUGGGCAGCAAUUCAGCCAACGCAAGAUACGUUUACGAUUUUUUUAUAUUGAUAAACAAGUAUAUGGAAAAUUGCUCAAUCAUUAAAAAAAGCGAGUCCAUGUUCAAUUACCACCUCGUUUGGCGGCUCUUAAGUUUGGCAGUAAAGACGGCAAUUUUACCAACCAUAAACCUUUCGUUUAAAACGGGUAAAGUUAUACUAGACUCCUCUGAUGAGAUAUUCAAGGCGGAUGGCGUUGUUGAAUUGGACGGUAUCGAGUUUUGUUUACUUGAGACAUCUGGUGCAUAUGGGAUCUCGGACAACAGUCGUUUCGGCAUGGACCACGUGAAGGGCUUGUUUGGCGUAUUGAUGUUUCUGCGAAGAAUCUUAAAAUCGUGUUUCUAUGCUACUGAAGACACAUUACGCGAGUUGAAGGUGAUAUUUGUGCAUGCAAGAGGCAAACACACCCAUCUGUGGUCGUUAGAAACGCCCGCCAAAGAUGUCCAGGUUCUGGAACAUUUGUCAUAUUCUGACAUUCCAACAGAUGUAAGCCAAGUUGACAAGAUUUUUAACCUUGGGAAUUUGGUUUGGAAGUUGAACGUAAGUUAAAAGUAAACCAAAUAAUAUUUUGUAACUAAUAAUAUAUAUUUUAUAGGAUUGUCUUCAAAAAACAUGCUAAACCAUCAAUACAAUGAAGGAAGAGCAUAUGAAUUAUCUGGUUAUGCGACAAUUAAAUCCAAACAAGAAUAAAUUUGGGCAAGCUUGGUGGAAAACGAAAUCCAAAAGCCUGUAAAAGGCAGCGACUACGGUAUCAUUUUGCCCAAACAAAUUGAUAACUUUGAUUUCGACAACACCAUUAUAGCUGCAAACCAACAAUCAAUUAACUUGUAAUUAUUUGAUUUUCUUUAAUGCAUCGAACCUUUGCUUUUUAUAUAUAAUAUCAUUGUAUAGUAUAGUUUAAUCUACAAAUUCAUUAACGCAUUUUGCUUUUUGUAAAGAUCAUUUAUUAAUAAAGUCCACUAUUUUAAUCUCA